AUGUCAAUAAUGGCGUCAAUAUAUCAUCAAGGUUUAAAACGUUGUUAUAUUGAUGAUGAAGAUAUUGAUAUAUCAUCAUCAUCAAAAAAACUCAAACGAUUAGAUAAAUAUCAUCAACAAGAAUUCGAACAAUCAGCAUAUCAAUGGUCAUUACAAUGGCAAAAUAAAAUUAAAAAAAAUCAUAAGAAAAAAAAAGAAUAUCAUUGUCAAGUUUAUCUUAAAUUCUAUCGAGCAACAAAUAAAUGUACACUUGAUGUUAUUGUUAAAUCAUCAAAUGAUAUCAUUAAUGAUAAUGAUUCAAUAUUAUUAGCAAAAACUAGAAUACCAAAAAUAAUUCAACCAGGUGUUAUUCGUGUUCGUCUUGUUUCAUCUUUAUUUACUGCCGAUAUUGAUGUAUGUGAAGAUCCAUCUUUAAUUAAACUUGAAACAAUUAAAAAAGAUUAUAAUAAUAAGAAUUUUGAUAAACAAUUUGCUCUUAAAUUAAAAAACAAUCGAAUAGGUCCAGGUGUGAUUGGUAAACUAUUUAUUGAAUCAUUAGAUCCAUCAAAUGGAUCAUAUAGAAAUGAAUCACCUAUAUUCGAACUCAAUCUUAGUUUAACAUCAGAGCAUGAAAUCAUAUCAACUCCACUUCAUCAGAAUUUUGACAACAAUUUAAUUUGUGGUUGUUGUCUUUCUUCUGAUGAAUCUCGUUUGAAAAUUAGUGAUCAAUGCAAUUUAAAAUUAAAUAAUAUGAAAUUUCUUCAUCGUCUUGCAGAACCUCUUCGUUGUCAAUGGAAAUCAAUUGGUCGUGAAUUAUCACCUUGUUUUUCUGAAAUUGAUCUAAUUGAAUUUCAACAAACAUAUUUUGCAUUCGAUGGAAAUCAUGAAUGUGCAUAUCAAUUAUUACGAGAAUGGUAUAUACGUGAUCCUCAUCAAGCUAAUAUUCGUUAUUUAAUAACUCGAUUAAAACUUCCUUUUGAUAUGAUUGUUAAAAUACAUGAUGAUAUUAUAAGAACAUUUACUUGUAAUUAA